UUGAUUGAGAAAAAAUGUUCACUUUUAAGACCAAUUGUUGUGUCGAGUUCCAUAAUUGCAUAUUUGUGUUUGAUUUGUAAUAAAACAGUUGCUAUUUGUAAGGAGUUUAAUUUGAAGAGACAGUAUGAUACAAAUCAAAAGUCAAAAUUCGAUUGUUAUACUGAAAAAAUAAGAAUCGACACAUUGCCAUCUUUAAAAUCUAAACUUCAAGGGUUGCUAAGAAUUGGAAACCAUCUGAAUUUGAAUACAAUUGAUGGGAUUAUAAUCUGCGAGUUGUGUGGAAAAUUAUAUACGACACAAAUCGAAUUCUUCUGGCACUUUUCUACAUGUUGUUGUAUGAACAAAAAGUUUUACCAGAAUAAUAAACGUAAAAAAAGGCGAACAACAGAUCCUGCUGUUAACAGAAUUCUUAACGAGAACGAAAAAAAUGAAAUAGUUGAAGACAGUGGGAAAAAGAAAAAAAAAUUCAGAAACUCCCAUAAUUCCAAGUCAAGUUUAUACGAUGGUCAGAAAUUAAAGAGAAAUGAUUUAAACGCAAGAAAUAAAUUAUUCAAAUGUGACAUUUGCUCAAAAAUUUUAUCUCGAAAAAGUUAUUUGAACAAACAUAUGUUUAUUCAUACAGGAGAAAAACCUUUUAAAUGUAAUAUUUGUGCCAAACCGUUUUUACAAAAACGUUAUUUGAAUACACAUUUGCAAAGUCAUACAAGAGAAAACCCAUUCAAAUGUGACAUUUGUUCGAAAACUUUUUCACGAAAAAGUUGUUUGAACAAACAUUUAUUUAUUCAUACAGGAGAAAGGCAUUUCAAAUGUGAUGUUUGUUCGAAAUCGUUUCCAGAGAAACCUCAGUUGACUGUACAUUUGCGUACACACACAGGAGAAAAGCCCUAUAAAUGUGAAAUUUGUUUGAAAACUUUUUCGCAGAAAAGCAAUUUGAAUGUACAUUUGCCGAAGCAUUCAGCAGAAAAACCGUUCAAAUGUGACAUUUGUUUUAAAUCAUUUCCUUAUAAAAAUUAUUUAACUAUACACAUGCGUAUUCACACAGGAGAGAAGCCAUUCAAAUGUGACAUUUGCUCAAAAGCUUUCUCAAGCAAACCUCUUUUGAAGAAGCAUUUGCUUACUCACAAAGAAAAAAAGCCAUACAAAUGUGAUAUUUGUUCGGAAACUUUCCCGCACAAAUAUGGCAUGACAAUUCAUUUGCGUAGUCACUCAGAAGAAAAUCCAUCCAGAUGUAACAUGGGAGAGAAACCAUUCAAGUGUGACAUUUGUUCUAAAACUUAUUCACAUAAACAAACUUUGAAUUUACAUAUGCUCAAUCACUCAGGAGAAAAACCUUUCAAGUGUGAUAUUUGUUCAAAAAGUUAUUCGCAUAAACAAACUUUAAAUUUACAUAUACGUAAUCACACAGGUGAAAAACCAUUCAAAUGUCACAUUUGUUUCGAUUCUUUUAUAAAAAAAUAUAGUUUGGAAAUUCACUCUCGCAUUCAUACUCUAAUAAAACCAAUGCAAAAGUGACCUAUAUUCAAACAAAUGUAUAUAGUUGAAGUUUGGCAAAGGGUUGGCGGCUCUACCAACCAAUGCCUUUUGCUAAAAGUCACUUCUGAGUUCGCAAAUUCCAACUAUAGUAUAUAGAAAUAUGGAGGGUAGAGACAAGGAGUACCAUCUCAUAUGGGAGCUCAGCUUAAAAACUGUCCGCUUGUAGACGGUAAAUUAUAUUUCAAAAUUUAACCACAGUGGCGCUCCAAUCGGACGAGAUAUCAUAUGAUCGUUCAGUUCAGUCUUCCGUCCGUCUUAUUUGAAUAUGCAAUGUUAAAAAAUUUUAAAUGACUAGAGUCGUCGCUUUAUUUAAAAUUUACUCUCAUGCUAUGUAGCGUCUCUGUAACAUAAAGGAUUUGAUGGAUACUUUCUGUAGCACAGAGAUGGUUCUCUUUACUUCACUUUCACAUUAUUAACUUCGAAAACACUUUCUAAAAACUUUAUACUUUACUACCAACAUAAAUUCCCAAAGAUUUUUCAUGUUACUACUGAUCAGAAACGUUAGCUAAUAUUUAAAGAGUUCAUUCCAUAAUUUUAUCAAGAUUUAUUCAAAGUAUUUAUUUUCAAUAAAUUUUACACGAUGUAAAUUCACACUUACAAUUGUAUAAAGAAAUUUGUUUUUAUUUCUUGUAUAAAAUUCGUGAUUUCAUGGUACAUUCGUGAGAAUCUUUGGCUUAGACCUAUGGUCUUCUAUAAACUUCUAAGUAUCGAUGGCUUCAAAAUGGUGGCUUGCGUAACUACACACUGAGACUAUAUUACAAAAAUAGAAGAAGAAUAUAUGCUCACGUUCAGUACGUACUAUAAUUUUUGUUGUUAUAACUUGAAUUCAAUUCGUAAUGUAAUACAAUCUAGACAGAAUAGAUAUGGAACAGACAGUUAUCAAGGACGAAAUCGAGAUUCACGAUGAUUUUAUUUGCAAUACGAAAGUCAAACAAGAAUUUAAUGAUGAAAUGUCUAGUACCGCAUAUCAAAAUGUAAAUACAAGUAGUAUGCAUCAUAUUAAAGAAGAAAUAA